AUGAAGCACUUCACCAGCAACCGCCGCGGAUGGCUUCUCAAGGAGCGGGCUCUCCUGGUUGCCGAUCGUCAGGCCGGAGCCCAACGCUUCCACGCCAUCCUCCCGGCCAAGCCAAUUGCCGCCAAGCCGGCCCGAUCCCAGCGCGCCGACCGAGUGUCCAAGCCACAGCAUUCGGGCCACCGACCCAUCCGCUCCGGCAACGGCUUGCCCUCGUCUUCGUCUGUUGUUGUUCGACCUGCCGCUGCUCGACGCCCCAGCGCUACCCCUGAGCCAUCCCGCCGCAUUGUCGCCCCCAACCGCGAGGACAAGGAUUUCAAGUCUCUUCCAGACUACUGCCCGCCCCUCAACUCUCUUCCCAACAGAGCCAACAGCCUCAAGGUGGACUGGAAGGGUCAGCCAAUUGACCUCAGCAGCGACCCUUACCACGACUUGCUUCACCCUGACGAAAUCAUCCUCGCCGGCAACCUCCGCCUGGACUGCGCCACCUAUCUCACCAGCAAGCGACGCAUGUUUGAGCGUCGCCUUCAAUGCCUCCGGACCGGCAAGGAGUUCCGCAAGACUGACGCUCAGCAAGCCUGCAAGAUUGACGUCAACAAGGCUUCCAAGCUCUGGACUGCCUUUGACAAGGUUGGCUGGCUCAGCGCUGAGUGGGUGCGACGCUUCUUGUAA